AUCCAUUGUACAGUAGAGAGUCGCCGAGUGUACCAAAGACCCCAAAUACAUUCAGUGUUUUCCCAUCCUGUGUACAGCUCAGAGUUAAAAAGUGUUGAUAUAAAUUUUAUAAAUUUAUACUUUUAUAUAAAAAAAAAAAUCGAAAAUAAAUUAUCGAAUUUUAAAAUCGAUACAAAAGUAAAUUGUGAUAAAUUUUUGAAUUGUUAAUUUUUGACAGAGUAAUUAAAAAUGUCGAACGCAGUGAGCCCAUCAUUGAAAGACUUGCCGAAGGUCUCGGUGGAUUUGAAGAGCGAGCUCGAAGGAUUCAAACACGACUGCAUGAAAAAAGCUGAGACUUUUAUCAAAAACGUCUUACCCUCUGCUGAAGAUGUGAGACAAGAACGCCAGCAUUCGGAUUUAAUCCACGGCGUGGAAAAUUUUGAAACCAACAAACUCAAGCACGCUGAUACUAAAGAAAAAAUUAUUUUGCCCAAUGCUAUAGAUGUUGCUGCGGAGAAGAAUCAGCAGACUCUAAUCGCUGGUAUUGAGAAAUUCGAUCCUACGAAGUUGAAGCAUACUGAGACCAAUGAAAAAAAUCCACUUCCUGAUAAAACUGCAAUCGAGCAGGAAAAAGGAAAGCAGCAAUUUAUUUCCGGAAUCGAGAACUUUGACCCAACUAAAUUGAAACACGCCGAAACUACGGAGAAAAACGUAUUACCAACCAAAGAGACUAUCGCCGCUGAAAAAGUUUCAGCCUAAAUGAUGCCCAAGUUCACCGGCAUCGAAUCGGCAAAUCUCAACUAUUCUUUUAAAUUUAUUAUUAAAUAUUUCGUAAUAUAAAUAUUAAUAAUAACAGUAAUAAUAAUAAUAAUAUUAAUAAUACAUGUGUUACUUUGCAAUGAAGAAGUGUGUAAUUUAAAAAAAUGAAAACGUCUCUGCGAGAAUUAAAAUUUGCUUAUAAAUUAAAAUUAUAAAUAAUAAUAAUAAUAUAAACACACUCAUAUAUAAUGGGGUAGGCUUAUUAUAUUACUGAGCUACCAUUGGGCCAGUAUUUAUUCCAAUGAGUUGGUGCAAUUAAAUCAGAAAAAAACUAUCGUAUAUUUGCAUGUGAUAGCCGCGGAAUUAUUUUCAUUACCAAUAUAUAUAGAGUCACAUUAAUUUAACAAAACUAUAAAGCUGUCGAGGUUUAUUACUUUAAAAUAUCAUCAUUUAUUUCGUUUUUUAUAACUUUUGUAAGCUAAAGUGACACGUAAAUAUUUUUUACUCAUGUUGCAGACGUAUACGAUCUGUGUGGUAUAGAUUUAAAACCUCAAGAUACUUUUGUAAGAAUGAUAUUUUAUAAAUAUAUAUAACAGGCUAUUGUACUUUUUUAUCAACAUUUAUAUACACAUGUCCUAUGCUAAAGUAAUUUCAGUAAAUAAAAAUCUCUUUAUACUUAA